GUCAGUACAACUGCAUCUGAAUCAAAUGGGAUUCCCACAGUACCUAACCACCUUGGAAUGAGUAAUGAACGAACAAAACUGCAAGCUGUUUGUUUUGUGGCCCAAUGCUGACAUGUGACCAGCCAUUGAGAUGCAUGCCACAUGGCUAGAGUCAUCUAUGGUUCUCUGUGCUCCAGAUUACUAUUCUACAUUCAAAGGAAAAAAGAUAAACACAACAACUCAGAAAGGCAAAAGAGGAAGAAAAGGUGAGACAUUAUUGGAGGAACUUUUGGCAAAAUGUGGUGCACAGUGGUCUCAACAUAACUUCCACUAUGCCAUGCCCUGCAUACUUUCUGAAGCAAUCUCAUAUACGUGCUCUAGCUGUGUCGGCAGAACAGGUCCCAUCAGAUCAUCACUAACAAGUAGUACCUUUGUAUGUGUUGCUGUCUUAACAGUUCAGGUUUUGAGUUUGUUUUUGGUAGUACCUUACCUACUGGCAAGUAUUUUCCAUGUCCUAAUAGGGGCUAGUAUAAUAACAAGCCCAAUGCUGACGAUAUAUACAGAGCUCCGUAUUUGCUUGGACUAGCCAGGUGAGAUCUAUGCAGAGGGAAUGCGGUACACAAACAUAUAUAUACUUCAGUUGUGCACAUCUACACUUACUAAUGACUGAUUGAGCUGAGCUGAAUUGCAGUGCAGAUAGAUACUCCAUCCGUCCUUAUAUAAGUGGCCUGUAUUUGUAUAAGAUUUUAUAAUGAUAUGCUGAUUAAUUAGGGCUCUAUCUUGCCCUCUCUCUCUUCCACGUGAAGCCAUGCACGAGCACUGAAAACCGACAAGCAGCUAGCACCAGCACCAAAAACCCUCCUCUGGACUGGACCCGUCUCUCCAUUCUCCCAUACUUCCUUCUCUCCCUAGCUCAGUCCUCUCUUCGUGUGCUGUUUCUUGCAAGUUGUUGUGCGAGAGAACUAGCUGCAGCCUGCAGAGAAAGAUUUGGAGUUCAGAGAAGGCUUUCCAAUUUCCAAUUCCAAUGUGUUGCUACGUGGGCAAGGCCACCAAGAUCUUCCUGUGCCUCGCGACGGCGCUCCUCGUGGCGGGCCUCGUCCUAGGCUUCGGGCUGGCCCGUCGGACGUGGGGAGCAGACCGGAGGGCGGCCCAGCCGGCCUGCCGGUGGCCGGCCGGCUGCCAGCUGCCGGGCCCGUCGGACCCCGCCGUCUACGGCGCCGACAACCCGCUCCAGGCCACCACCACCACCGCGCCGCCGUCCGACCCGCUGACGGAGCCGGCCGUGGCCGUGUUCCCCGGGGCCGCCGCGUCUUCCACCGCCGUGCCGCCGGCAAGCGGGCCGUACUUCGCGCCCCCGAGCCCGUUCUCCGUGGGCCUCGGCCCCUCCUCGAAUGCAUGACUUUUGUUUGUUUGUUUUUCUGGAAGUUUAGAAUUUGUUGCAAGUUUUUUUUAACUGCUACUACUCCGUAUUAGUUUUGACUUUUUUUGUACAAUCCUUUAAUCUCUCCUGUCACUCAUAUUUGAGAUUUAACUUCGAUCAGUGGAAUAUAUCUUUUCAGCAAUA